CGCCAGCCGACCGUGGUGCACGAGUCGUGAGUUAUGUUAUCGUGUUAUCGGAAGAAGACUCAACUCGACGACACUGUGACGAGACUCGACAAAGGGAACGUGAGAUUUUUAUCGAAUCACGAGGGUGCCGCGUAUCCGUGGUCUCCGCUGGCGGCCCGAUAAAUUCAACAAACGUCUGUGAAUAUCAGAAGCUUCGGGGGAUGCGAAAAUCGGAGGACGAUGUCGAUGAGACCGGCCUGGGGGCCGAAGUUGUUUCUGGUGCUGGUGACGACCACGAUCGUUAUCGGCAAUUAUCAGCGUCAUCGGGAGAAGACUCACCUGCGCGAGCAGCUCGUUAACGGCCAUAAAGUAACGAGGAACAUCACUCGCUUACAAGAGGAAAUAAUCGCUAACCUGCCACCUCUUCGAAUACCUCGCUUGAGACACCAUCGAGUGACGGAUUGGGACCCCUAUUUCGAAAAUGCGGAAGGUCAGGGUAUCAAUGGGUCCCAAAACGUGGCAUUGCAUCUUGGUGCAACGGCUCUCCUCGAUUGUCGUGUCGCGAUGCUCGCUGGAAAGAAGGUCAUGUGGUUACGCCGCAACGCCGACUGGGCAUCCCUUUUAACCCUGGGUAAUACCACUCACAUUUCCGAUCCCAGGUACAGCGUCAGCUUCCAAUACCCAAACAACUGGAGACUGGCGAUCGCCAGGGUGCGAAGGGAGGACCGUGGAUUAUACGUCUGUCAAGUAAACACGCACCCCCCGAGGAUGCUCGUCACUAACGUCACUGUUCUAGCUCCAGACAUUAGGAUCGUGGACGAGGCGAAGCACGAGCUACGGGACCGUUACUAUAAAACCGGAAGCGGUAUCGAGCUUGCGUGCGUCGCGCGGCCAUCUUGUCCCGACUCCAAAAUACCGCAUCCCGUCUGGAGGAAAAAUGGCGAAGCGUUGCCGGAUCACGUCAACGUUUAUCACGUUAAUGGGUCGAACGAAGAUAUGGUGACCAAGCUGUACAUCGAGCAGGCGAAAAAGACUGACAGCGGCGAAUACUUGUGCUCAGUGAGCCAAUUCAGUACAGCCGCGGUGCAUAUUCACGUCCUGAAUGGUGAAAAGCAAGCAGCGGUUCAUCACGAUCAAUGGAAUGCAGCGCGAACGAAUCACCAAGAGCGAUUGAGCGAGUUGCACGUUGCAAUUGCCAGCAUAGUUAUUUUAAGGGGUUGGAUAAUCAGCUCGCCAUGA